AUCACAUUCCUCUACAAAAGCCCCCAACAUAAGAGCUCCCUGAACACAGAGGAUCCUACACCGAGCCUGUACAGACCACCGCGCCUGCAAGAAGCGAAGGAUUAAACAUCGAAGACUUUUCUCUGUUGUUGGGAACCCAGGGAACAACACUAAAGGAUGGGAAACGCAGGGAUACACAUCGUCUGUGUGGCGUUGGGGAUUCUGGGUCUAGUUGCAGCCAUCAUCUGCUGCGCCAUACCCAAGUGGCGAGAGUCUUCCUUCACGGGACAAAACAUCGUCACUGCGCAGGAAACCACAGAAGGGCUUUGGAUGUCCUGUGUGGUGCAGAGUACGGGCCAGCAGCAGUGCAAGGCCUACGAUUCGCUGCUCAUCCUCGGCUCCGACUUGCAGGCGGCCCGGGCCAUGAUAAUCAUCUGCUGCAUGCUAACCGUGAUCUCUGUCCUCAUCCUGUUUGCUGGUGCCGACUUCACCGUCUGCGUUCAGAACGAGGACGCCAAGCCGCGUAUCGCGCUGACAGCCGGCAUCGGCCUGAUACUCGCCGGCCUCCUGCUCAUCAUUCCCGUCAGCUGGACGGCCAACAACAUCAUCCGCGACUUCAAUAACCCGCUGAACCCGCAGAAGAUGGAGCUGGGUGCCUGCAUCUUCAUCGGUUGGGCCGGCGGAGUGCUCCUCCUACUGGGCGGAGGACUGCUCUGCUGCUUCAGCAAAGUGCGUUCUGGAGGCUCGGGUGCCACUGCUAAGUACUAUAGCAACAGUGCCUCUGCACCCAGCAAAAAUUAUGUUUAAUUCAGGGGGGUAGGGGCAGACAGCUUCAGGGAGUAUGUAAGACACUUGAGGGGAGACUAGGGCAACAGGAAAGUCAGAAAAUAAAGGAAAUGAAGGGGGGGGGUGAGGGUCACAGACAAAGUGCAUUAUAGAAGUAAAGAUUAACAUGUAAAUACUAUUAAUUUAGCAGGUUUCAUUAGUUGUGGUGACGAAAAGCUCAGGCUGCUGGGACACACUGUAUAUACACAAAGGCUCCAGUAGGGGGAGACAAAUAUCUAGAGUAUGUUAGUUAACCUUUCAUAAUAUGUUUACUAAAUAUUUUUAAAAUUUUUGAAUUCUUUUCUAUAACAUUUUAAAUUUGAGGACCAAAUUCGGUGUAAAAACCUGCCAUCAGCUAAUUUUGUGAGAAAUGUCACUGUCAGAUGCACAGUACAGUGUCUAAUUCCUGUAAGUGUGUAAAGAAGUAUUCAGAUUUACGGAUUUGAUGUCGUCUUAGUCAGGAUUAAGCAGGAGUAAAACACCAGCUUUGUUUCUCAUUGUUUGCCAGCACACAAAAAAAAACGAAUAAAACUUAUAAAACUGUUGAAAAA